AUGUCGUCCCCCGAAGAGCUCCGUAAGCAGAUAGAGGCUCUUGCCUACCAGAUCGCAGACACCAAAAAGACGAAGGGUACUGAAAAUGAUGAGUACAAGUCGUUGGUGAAGCAGAUGGGUACGCUGCGCAGCCAGCUUCCACAGGAUGAGAAGAAGGCGAAGAAGGAAAAGACGGUAGAGCCGUCUUACUUCGAGUCGCGCUUGGCGAUGGUCAAGGAGAUGGGUCUCCUUGGCGCUGCCUACCCACACAAGUACCACCGUCAAUACACAAUUCCUCAGUAUCGUAGGAAGUACGCGCCUUUGCUUACAGAGCCCGACACAUCCCUCGAUAAAACGGUGACGAUUGCGGGCCGCAUCAUCAAUAAGCGUAGCUCCGGUUCGAAGCUGCACUUCAUCACUAUUCAGGGCGAUAUGGAGACUGUGCAGGUGAUUUCUGCCCUCACUGACUACAUCGACCAGUCCAAGUUCGCCGAGAUCCACUCUAAGCUGAAGCGCGGCGAUAUUAUCGGCAUUGCGGGCAAGCCGUCCCUAUCCAAGAGCAGCGAGUUUUCCCUCAAGGCAACCGAGAUUACGCUUCUUUCAACUUGCUACCACAUGCUCCCCGACGACUACUUUGGCCUUUCUUCCUUUGAGCAGCGCUUCCGUCAGCGCUACCUCGACUUUAUUGUCAACCGCGACAAUAUCAAGACCUUCAUUCAGCGUGCAAACAUCAUCAAGUACAUUCGCAAGUUUUUUGAUGAGCGGGACUUUGUGGAGGUCGAGACGCCGGUGCUCAACCAAAUCGCUGGCGGUGCCGCGGCGCGUCCUUUUGUGACGCACCACAACGACCUCAACCAGACCAUGUUCCUGCGUAUCGCGCCGGAGCUGUACCUGAAGGAGCUCGUCGUCGGUGGCAUGGAUCGUGUGUACGAAGUCGGCAAGCAAUUCCGUAACGAGGGCAUCGAUCUCACCCACAACCCCGAAUUCACAAGCUGCGAGGCGUACUGGGCGUACAUGGACUACCACGAUUGGAUGACCGCAACAGAGGACCUUCUGUACGGUCUGGCCAUGGAGCUUCACGGCUCGCCAAUCGUUCGCUAUGCGCCGAAGGACUCAGAGGGCAAGCCACUGCCAGAGGUUACCUUCAACUUCAACAAGCCGUUUAAGCGUCUGCACAUUAUUCCGGAGCUGGAGAAGCGCUUGAAGGUAUCCUUUGACAACGUUGACUUCGAGUCCGAUGCGGGCAUUCAGUUUCUGAUGGACCUGUGCAAAAAGCAUAAGGCCGACUGCCCUCCACCGUACACGGCGCCUCGCCUUCUCGAUGCCCUUAUCGCUGAGUUCCUUGAGCCCGAGUGCCACGACCCUUGCUUCAUCUGCGAUCACCCUCGCGUGAUGUCGCCUCUCGCCAAGUGGCACCGCAACGACCCCCGCCUGACGGAACGCUUUGAACUGUUCGUCAACAAGAAGGAGCUCGCUAAUGCGUACACCGAGCUGAACAACCCUAUCGUGCAACGUGAGGAGUUUGUUAAACAGGUGCGGAACCGCGACAAGGGCGAUGUCGAAUCUAUGGAGAUCGAUGAGGGCUUCGUCGCAGCACUGGAGCACGCGUUGCCACCCACUGGUGGAUGGGGUCUUGGCAUCGACCGCCUUGUGAUGUUCCUCACAAGUCAGUCGAACAUCAAGGAAGUGCUUCUGUUCCCUGCCAUGAAGCCUGAAGGCAAGAACGCGAUUAGCUACCCUCCGGGCACGAUGCUCAACGGCCAGGGCGUUCCUCUGUUGUAG